GUCCGCAACCAUAUCACCAAUACAUAUGGCACUGUUCCGGAUACGGCACGCUACUAUAAAGCCCACAAAAAGCAGUGGGUGGUUAUCGGAGAUGAGAACUAUGGCGAAGGAUCCAGUCGUGAACAUGCCGCUCUUGAACCACGACAUCUCGGGGGACGAGCCAUCAUCACCAAAUCUUUCGCCAGAAUUCACGAGACAAACCUGAAAAAGCAAGGAAUGCUUCCAUUGACAUUCACUAAUCCUGACGAUUACGACAAGAUCGAUUCUGGCGAUCAAGUAUCAAUAGUUGGCUUGAAACAGUUCGCUCCAGGCAAGCCGCUGAAAGCAGUGAUCAAAAAGCCCGACGGUUCCAAGAUCGAACUUUCACUCAAUCACACUUUCAACGAAUAUCAGAUCGAAUGGUUUAAAGCUGGGUCAGCACUGAACAAGACGAAGCAGACCCUUACUUCGAAGUAA